AGUUUGUGGAUUUUAGGUUGCGUUCAUUGGCCAUCGGGAACAUACGGGUUACCCAAAGCUACAUUAGGGUGUCCUUCGUCGUAUGGAUUCCACUGGAAGACUGGAUGGCGAUUGCAGGACACUAAUGGCGAAGAUUCAAAUAAUAAUAAGUCAAGCGAAUUUCACCUUGAUGGGGAAGUGGACAACAAAAAAGUAAACAGGUCGUUCUGCAUUAAAGAUAAUACAGGCAACGAGCUCGAAAACAGUAGGCCUCCAUGGCCCUCAGGUUAGCAACGUUGUGCACCAUCAGUAUUCACAAAAGAUAGAUAUCUAAAACAGAAAUGAAAAUAUUUAUUUCUUUUGCUUCUUUCUUUCAAUAUGUGUAGAAUAGUUAAUCUAUUUACGUUUAACUGAUUCUUUUCAAACGAACAUCGGUUCAAUUUAUUGUACUGUGUCAACUAAGAAACCGAUUCCUAGAAAUUGGCUUGUUUCCUAGCUAGGUUUCCUCAAAGGAGUUAAAAAAGUAAGGCAGGGGUCGUUUUUAACUGUUAUUUACAGACUUUACUUCUGUUCUCCUGCAGGCGAAUAUUGUGUUUACAAGAAAGAUUCACAGUGUCCAUCAGGACUGACAGGAGGUAACGUUUACUGGGAUGACGACGACCUGUACUACGAUAAUUUGAAUGACGAUAGUGGAAUACUUCCGUCAGGCCAAUAUCGAAAAAAUACAAGGAUAGAUUUUUGUUGCCAAACAAGUGGAAACAAGAAGAGGCCAAUCCUCCUUCCCACUCAAUUCCCAUUUUUUCUGUUGGCUUACGGAUCUGAUGAAUGUCAAAUGGUCAAAUGGACGAUAGCGACCAUGGAAUGGAUACAUUAUGACACAGAACACUGGGUUAACCGCGACCGUGCAGACUGGCCUUACCCCUAUAAUGCAGGAAUAAAGCAUCCAACCAUAUAUUACUGUUAUUACCGUGGUACGUCAUCUCUAUAGCAUUUUUGAAUUUUUUUUUCUAUCCAAUCACCCCACAGCCAUGCAGUUUUGUGUAAAAAUACAACUGAUUUGCGAACUUUGAACGUCGUAAAACCAAUUCAGUACUUGACAGAGGAAACACUUUUCCAGUUUCAACUUACAAUAGCCGCUAAAAUGGAGGUUCAGGGGUCAAUAUAAUAAAACUUUUACAAGUUUAUUUUCAAGUGCAGCCAUCGUUUAGAGUCUGAAAACAAUAGGUACAUUCGCAAAUUACGCUUGUAAAAGGUUGAUUAAAUUGACCCGCCAGAUCUAUUGCACUUACACCAAAAAUGAAACACGACAGGUUGUACUCGCAAUCAGUCGUUCUAUUGGGUUUUCUUUCAAUACUUUAAAGCUAUAAAAGCGUUAUACCUUCUGAAUGCUAUUCCUUUUUUACCUUUAAGGAUGUAAUAAAACCAUGAGUGGAGUCAAAGGCACCUUUCACUCUCCAAGCUAUCCAAACAAAUACCCGGAUGGACAGUAUUGCUCGUGGAGGAUCACGGUCAGUCCAGGACAAAAAAUCCACCUCAUGUUCACACACUUCAGUUUGCAGAGCGAGAACAAUACUGAUGCUUUAUAUGUGUUUGAUGCGCAAAAUGACACAGGGGAGUUGUUGGGAGUAUUUUAUGGGCAGCACCCUCCCCCCGUGAAUGGAAUCAACUCCUCGUCAAACCAUUUGUUUAUCAUAUUCAAAUCAGAUGAAACUGAUUCCAGUUAUCACGCCGGCUUCAAUGCCACGUACAGUGCCGUGUACAAAUCAGGUAAAAAACCCGGAAAUUACUUUCAGUGCUAUUUUAUGACCUCUAUUUACCUGCAGAUAAACUAUCGAAAACGGAUAAUCUAAAGUGCAGAGUCGGCCACGUUUUCAUUUUCAUCGUUGAAAUGAUAUUAACUUAUAGGCAACUGUGGAUGUACUAUAUUGAAUUAUCCUGAAAAACUGCUGGAUAAGAACUGUAAUUAAUAUCAACAUACGUUAAUGAAAGACAAGAUUUUUUGUAAUCUGAGGAAAAAAAAAAUCCCCUGGGCUGGGUUGUUCAAAGCUGGGUUAAGAAAACCCAUGGUAAUUGCAUAAUUUGAAUUCCGAAGAUAUUAAAGCCCAAUCCACAUUCAGUCAAUUCUUGUCUGCAAUUUGAUGAUUGGAUACUCUAAAAAAAAUAGAGAAAAAUAUCCGAGAAAAGAAGAAGAAACCUGGAUUAAAAUGUAACCCCCGGUUAGUGCUAAUCGGCCUUUGGACAACUGGGCCCUAGGCUAACUGUUCCAGCUUUCUAAAAGUAACUGUAUUUUUUUCUGAUUAAAAUCCUGCAGACGUAAUACCUACCCAAGAAGUUGCGUCAACAACUGCUAAAACAUUUUUACCAUCAUCAACAAAGACCACAUCUGACAUGGGAGUAACAGCAACAACUGUUGCAGCGACAAAAGACAUCGGGAACAAAGACCAAAGGAACGCGUCUCAAGGAAAAGGUAACAUGUACUCGAGUUUUUAGUUGUGUAACGCACAGUAAAAACCCACGUGUAAAAACUUAGUGGUUUCAGAACGUUUAACCUGCUGGCAGAAAUAUGCCAAUUCAUUGCCCAAACAUAUAUAAGAAACUUUUUAGCCAAGCAAGAUCAAGCAGGUUAUACAUUCUAUGUAAGUUACAGUUAAGUUAUGACAAACAUUUCAAGCAAGAAGUUUGACUUUGAGAUUGCAAAGAUUUGAAGAUAAUACUUUAUCUAUUUCUUUUAUAUAUAUAUAUUUAUUUAUCUUAUUUGUUUUUUACAUCUCUUGUUAUUGAAAUAAUCCUACAUAUACAUUCCGCAAUCAAUUUAGUCAGGCUUGUAAUAAUACACUUAUGAAUAACUGCUUAUAUAUAAGGACAAAACCCAAGUAUAUUUCGUUUUCUUACAGACAACAAGUAUAUUUGCUUCAUAGAAAUUAAAAAUUUAACUACUACUUAGCCUCAAUUGAAAAUAACUACCCCAAAAUACGAGAUUCUUUUUUGUCUGACAAGAAAUGUUCGUCCUUACACGCGGCUUUAUAUUCUAGUUUUUCCAGUGAAGUAAGAUUACAUUUCCUCCACAAAAACCUUAUUACCUAGAGACACUUUUUGGUAGCAAGGAACAAAAGGAACAAAAGCGAGAGUCAUGUUGUCCGUUUAACGCAGGUUUUCACUGUAUCUCACAAAGAAAACUAUCAAUAUCAUCAGUGGCUCUCGUUGAGACGUACCCCGUUACUAUUGACUGAAUUUAUGUCUAGCAGGUUUAAACAUUGUAGCUGUUGUUGUUCCGUUGGUGGCAUUGCUCUUCCUAGUAGCCUUGCUUGUAGCCGGAUUCGUUUUUUGCAAAAGGUGAGAUUUGUGUUGACUCAGGUAACAAACUGACUAUACAAAAAUAUAUUCCUCGCAUUUUCUCAGUAUCCUUAAAAGGCACUGGAUCAUUAUUCAGUUAUAGGAUUUAACAGUCACUCACUCAUUCACUCACUUACUCUCGUCCACUUACUCAAUCAAUCAAAUCAAUCGAUCAGUCAAUCAAUCCAUCUAUUAACCAGUCAGUUGGUCAGUCAAUCUAUUGCCACACAAUGCAACCAAACAACCAAUAAACCAAGCAAACAAACAAUCAGUCAGGCAGUCAGCCGAUUAACUAAUCAACCAGCCACCCACUGCAAGCCGCUAAUGACCCGUCCGAAACACAACUAGCCAACCAACCAAUAUUCAGAAGGUCAAUCAAUCAACCAACUAACCGAUGAAAGCAAUCAAUGAAAAAACCAAACUACCAGCCAAGCAACCCUCACAAACAGUUAAUCAAAAUUUCAGUCAAUUAAUAUAUUAACCAGUAACUCAGACAUUAGUAUAUAAUUGUAUGAUUGAUUUAAGAUAAUUAUUUAUCAGGAAUAACUUAAAAGGAAUCUUUAUAUUUCGCUUUAAUUCACUUUAGGCGGAGGACGAAAAGGCAAGGACAAGGAACACCGAAGGAAGUAGUUUUUUCGAGGUAGUGUACGAAGCUCUCCUCUACUGCUCCUGAAUAGUUUUACUACUUAGGAAGAAGUUAUUCCCCAGUUACUCAAAUAAAUAACCUUAUACGCAUUUUUUGUAAAUUUUUGCUCUUCUGAUUUGUAAAAGUGGGUAUUUAUUUAUUAAUAAGCUUACAGAAACUUUAUUGGUAACAACUAGGACGUCUGUGUAUUGUCCAUGGCCUUGUAUACAACGUAAGACUCAAUCUGAUUUUGGCAAUUUUUAGUUAACACUUUGUUUCGAAUUCGAGGCUGUCACAGUCAGGACAGGAAAAGCGUACCCUGAAGAACCAUUUCAUGAAUUGAUCAUAUAAAAAUUUAGUUAACCCGUUACCCGUUGACCACUACCAAAUUCAAAUCUGCAUUACUGCAAGCGAGCAUAAUGAGGAGUGAUUGCAACUUCACCAUAUUGGGACAGAUUGAAAAAUCAUUCACACUUUGAAUGGAUAAAAUUCCUAUGUAGAUUUUUAGUUCAGGAAGAAAAUUAAGCUGACAAGACUGAAAUUUCAUCUACCUCCCAUGUGAAUACACCGCUCGUAACGUAUGAACGUGUAAACAAUGAAUUCAUUUUAAAAUAAAAAUGAAUAGUUACGGGAUAUGUUUGACCUGAACUGAAUGUACAGGCGGCUGAUUGUGUAUUUAAAUUGCAAAUGGAUCAAUCUCAUGACUGUUUGAAAUGAUUCUGUUUUACAGGUCCAAUAGCGAAGGACCCAGGUCUGUUGAAAAUCCAUACUAUAACAGGUACAAAUAUAAAGAAAAUAAAACAUUUGUCAUUGUUUCUGCAGAUUAUAUUAGAGUUAAAACAUCUUUUUGGUAUUUUACAGUGAUAUGGUGAUAGUAAAUACAGCUUGCUCUUCUGACGACAACGGGUUGUACACUAAUGUUAGAGAGGAUAGAAGGACUGACAAAGGUACAUGCAAACGGCAUGAAAUUGAAAAACCAUUGUCUGGCGAAAGUGAGGUGUACAGCAAUGGUGCAAAGGACCACCUGAGUGAUAAAAAGACAUGCAAACUUCGGGAAAUUGCCGAAAACGAACUGUACGCCAAUGUUGAAGAAGACCGUAGGAUUGACAAGGAAACAUGCAAACAACUUGAACGUGAAAGCCCGUGGCCUUGCGAAAGCGACGUGUACAGCAAUGUUGUGACAGAACUCAGGGAUGAUAAAAAUCCAUACUGUGAAGAAAAACUUGCAGAAAACGAGCUCUACACUGAGGUUGAAGAAGACGAAAGGAUAAACAAGGAGACGCGCAAUGAGCAGGAAAGUGAAAAUCCAUUGUACGAGUCUGCUACGAGUGAAGUGGAAUUUAAUCCCAUCUAUACCUGACAAACACGUUUUAAUGCCUUAUUUCCUCAUCAAAGUCGCGUCAUUCUGUAGCUGGUAGUUUAUCUACUGUGUCUGAAAACCGUCACCAUGUGACGGAAAAUUUUUUCUUUUAGAAUCCGGAGUCUGUAAAAUGUUGCCUUGGAAUCCGGAACCCUGGGCUUUGAAUCCAGAAUACAGCUCAAGGAACCCGGAAUCCCACUAACGAUUUGAAUCCAGAGUCCAACUUCCACUUACAUAGACUGGAAUCCAGCACCUGGAAUCCUAUCCGGAAUCCACGGCGUGGAAUCCAGAAUCCAAGACUGUCUCGGAUUUCCUUACAUAGGCAGUGAAAGAGCAAGAAUAAAAUAGGACUUAACGUUUGAAAAAAUGACGUUGACACUUAAUCUGCAAUUAGUUCAUCAGUCCGAAGCUAACCGUAUCCAGUAACAGUAAACCUAUUGCCCAAGGUACAAUCACGGACAAAAGUUGUUGGGAAGGUUGUACAACUUAACAGUGGUCCAUUUUAAUCCUCAAAAAAGAGAGUUUUCUCCUUUGCUAAAUAUCCCUCGUCCCCCCUAUUCAAUGUUGGGAUAUAACAGAACAAUUACGCGCAACCAUUAAGGUUUUGCUCAACAUUGGGCCAGGGGCGGGAGGAGGAAGAAAAAAAAGAGGUGAAAAAAGCAACCUUCCCAACACUUUUGACGAUGAUUGUAGCUACAAUAAACAAUUAGCUAUUAAUGUUUUUGUAGAACAUUGCAAUAAAAGUGAAGUGUUUCCCAUUGACACUGAUUUGUAGAACAAAAAAAGACAUAAGACGAAAUUUCUCUCAAAAUAGUAGCCAUUUUGAGGCAAUGCAAAUUAUAGAAGUUUAGGUUUACUCUUCGCCUUGCUAUAACUUAUUUAAUCAAGUAUAACUAUAAGUCAAUGGCCGCAUUAUCAUGAUAUUAAACGAUAAAAACAUUAUGACAUAAAAUGCUAUUUUCUGAUCGACCUCAAGCACGUCUAAAUGACUCUUCUUUUACUUUCAAGCUCAACAAAUAAACCUUAAUAAAGCUUGCACCACACCUAGAUUGGUUUCCUUUAAUUUUAGCGGAGUUUGAAAUAAUAUCCCGACAGCCAUCCCCGCACCUUUUUUCAUGAGAGCCCCCCGGGAUAAAGGGAUGAUUCAUCGUGCUUUCAGCUGGAAGUUUUCAUCUUUUCCUCGAUCGUCAUCAUUUGUCAGUAUAUUUUAUAUAUGCACACUUGAAGUGGCAGAAACAGUUGUUCUCCAUGCAGCGACUAACCGACCGAUCUCGAGCUCGAGUAAAAAGACAGUGGCGGAACCAGACCUUCAGAUAAGGGGGAGGCCCGGUCAUCCAGACCCUGAGAUAAAAAUCUUUUUCGGCCCUUCGGGGCUUCGUAUGGUCUAAAAAUAAGGUGGGGGCCCGGGCCCUGUUCUCAAUGCAGCGACUAACCGAGCUCGAGCUGGAGUAAAAUGACAGUGGCGGAACCAGACCUGCAGAUAAGGGGGAGGCCCGGUCAUCCAGACCCUGAAAUAAAAAUCUUUUUCGGCCCUUCGGGCCUCAGUAUGGUCUAAAAUUAAGGUAGGAGGCCGGGCCCUCAGGGCCCCUUCCCUGGAACCGCCACUGAGAGACCCAUAUAAACCAUUCCAUGUGGACCGAAAUAUUCGUCGACCGGCCUGGGUAUUAAAAUAAAGCCCUCAAGCAGGCUCAUAGCCCACCCUGCCUCGCAACAUUAACGUUUUUUAUGGAAUAAAAACUUCAUAGGAACCCGUCGAAAUCCAUACCCCUUCGCGGAAACGUUUCGCUAAAUUGGAGGUUGGAGACCAUUGACCUUUUUGCCCAAAAAGGUUCGGUUACGAAAGAAAGAAAAAAUGUUAACGCCCCACUUAUAAUUAUCUUAUGGGUAAUUUGUUAAUUGUGUGAGUGUUUUUUUUACCUUGGUAACGCACCAGGGUCACGUUCUUGAAGGGAUUGAAAGGUCUAAAUUAUCAGUGUGAUGUCUAACUUAUUGUACCUUCCUUUCAUUCGCAACGUACACCAGUACUGUAAUGUUCUUGUUUGCUACCCUAGGAUUGUUGACCGUUUGCUUUAACAUAAGACCGUCAGGUGGGUAUUUGUAAUAAUUGAAAUCCUUUGUAGGCUUAUUGCAGUGACCGGUGAAACUAGCAUUGCAACCGGACAUGGCAAAUAUUUCACCCCAGUAUGCGGUUUACACAUUUGUCCACUGAAAGGGUAUGGUCACACUAUUUCCCCCAACAAGUUUUUUUCUCUUGUAUGCAGCUAGUUGAGAUUUUUUUCUCUUUUGAGUUUUUAUCCAUAGUAGGAUAUUAACAUCGAUAAGAAUCCACAGGUAAAAUUCCACGAGGAUUAUUGUUUUAGGGUGUUUUAGUUAUGACGACUGAGACGUUUCACGAUGAAAAGCCAUUCAAAACUUUGUCGUCGGCCGAUUUCUAUCAUUCCGGUUUUUCAAGGUUAAGUAUAAAGGAUUGGAUGUUAGAUAUUCUUGUUGCUGGAUUCCGUUUCGCUAAAUUCUUUCUUAAUUAUUCUGCUCAGUAUACUCGGACUUCCUGUUGAAAACGGUACAAUAUCAUGUUCUGAGGUUGCGUGAUCAAUGCUUUAAAACUAUUCGAGCUUGGUAAUUAAUGCUAUACAUUCAUAAUGCAUAACCUGCAUUUAUAGUAUUUAUUAGUAAUUUAUGUUGAUCGAAUACCCUCUCGUAUUAUUCCAGCACUUAAUUGAAAAGCGAACUUGAAUUCCAAGAGAGCUUUCCUCAUGGGGUAAUGUCAUGCGGGAUAUGCCUACGAGGGUCGAGACUCCAACGGUGAACUCAGCCGUAUUGUCAGAUAACACUGACACGCAACGGGCUAAUUGUCCAAUCAAAUGGACGUAGAUUUGAUUGACUGUUGCACAGCUACUUGUUCCAAUUCGCACAAGUACAAGCAGCAGAGCCACAACAUUACAUGAUCGAAAAUAACUUACUUUCCAGGGACAUUUCGUUGGCCAUCUGGUACAUACGGGAUACCCAAACCUACAUCCGGGUGUCCCGAGGAUGACGGUUUCCAAUGGAAGGAAGGAUGGAGAUCCCAAGACACAAAUGGAGUAAAUUCAAACAACUCCAGGUCGCAAGAAUAUCACCUAGAUGGGAAAGUAGACAACACGAAGGUUCAAAGGUCAUUCUGCAUAAAAAACGAUACAACAAAUGAUAGGAACAGACUCUCCUGGCCAUCAGGUUGGUAAUUAUCAAAGGAAGGCAUGUUAUUAGUUUUGUUUGUAAUCCAUUAUUUCUGAUAUAAGUACAAUUGAACCUAUCUUGACUUAAGCGCUCACCCAUGGAGAUAGGUCAGCGGUAUCCAUCAUGGAGGGAUAGUUCUGGGUUUCAGAUACUUCGUCACUUUUUCUAAACUUUUAAUAUCAUAAUCACUGUGUGCGUAGGAUAGCCGUUCAUCAAGUACCGAAUUGACCAAUAGUAGCAUAGCGGUAAAUCGAGCACCGGAAGUCGUUUUCAUUUGACGUUGCGUUUAUUUGGCGCUGGUGUUACAGACAUGUGGCAGUUGAAGAUAGGUUCCCGUUAGCAGAGGAUAGACACAGUGGAGUGUUCAGAUCAGGAGUUGUUUCCUUAUAGCAGUGCACAAGACUUUUAGUCCUCUUUUUGUUCUUAUUAUGAAGCAACUCUAAGAUCGUUAUGUAAUAUCGAAUUAGAUACGGAGAUGCAUGAAUCUCUUUGUGAAUCUGGUUACAUUAACGUGCCGGGACACUCCGCACUCGUUUUGGAUUUCUACAUCUGAGAAUUGAUGGACAAAUAAGUUAAAACCCUUUCAGUGAUUUAAUCUAUGCUCCCUUAGCCCCAAUCUCUCGGAGUGCAAGAGAAACUAUUAUAUAGCAGUGUAGUUACUAAUUUACCGCCGUAUUCUUUCAACAGGAAAAUACUGCAUUUACAGAAAGAACCAGUGUCCUUUUAAAAUGAAAACGGGCUUUGUCUACUGGGAUGAUGCUGAUCCAUAUGGCGUAAAUAAAAAUAAUUUCAAUGAUAAAAAUGGGACGCUUCCAGAUGGGGAAUACAACCUCAACACAAAAAUUGAGUUUUGUUGCAGAACAGACGGAAACAAAAAUGAUCCUAUCGUUCUACCCUCUGAAAAACCAUUUUUCCUUCUUGCGUAUGAGUCGCGAAAGUGUCAGAUGGUAAAGUGGGCGACAGUGAGGCCUGAGUGGAUAUAUUACGAUACAGAGGAAAAUCGAAACGCAGAUAACAGCAGCGGAGCGUUUCCCUACCACGCUGGUGUAAAUCAUCCAGCUAUACAUUACUGUUAUUAUCAUGGUAAGUAAAUCUUUCGGGUGGGGAGAUGGGAAGCGGGAGGGGGGGGGGGGGCGGGGGGGGGCACCCCCAAAAAUGGGGGCGAUAUUUAUGGCCGCCUGAUGGGGUAUAGUUUUUGGGGGCCCCCCUCUUAAAAUAAGGUUUCUUUUUUACCCUUGUGGGCGCUGUUUUCUUAGUCGCGGUUGGGGGGGAGGGAGAAGAGGAGAAAGAGGGGAGGGGGGGGAGAGGAGGGAGAAAAAAUAAAAAAAAAAAAAAAAAAAACAGAAAAAAAAAAGCGGGGCGUGUUUUCCCGAUAUGGUGUGGUAAAAUAGGAGGUUUUAAUUUUGGUUGUUGUAUGGGUGGAAGAGGGUGGGGGGGGGGGGGGGGGGGGGGGGGGGGGGGGGGGGGGGGGGGGGGGGGUGGCUACUCCCAUAAAUGGGGUCGAUAUUUAUGGCCGCCUGAUAGGGUAUAGUUUUUGAGGGUCUCCAUCUUAAGAUAAGGUUUCAUUUUUGCCCUUGUUGGCGCUGUGUUCUUGGUAUAUAUGAUCAUUAGAUAGGGUACCGUUAUUAUAUCAGCUAAAAGAGAGUAAAUGCCUUGGUGCACGACGAAUAAAUCAUCUGUGAAAACUAAACUUUAUCUUAGAGUAUUAGGAAAGCGAUUCACGGAAGAUUUGCAUGUUUCCAUUAAAUACUUAGUUUCUGUCUUUCCCUUGAAUUGGGUCUUAUUUUCCUGGUUUGGGCGUCAAAUAGGGUAUCAGUUUUCGUUUGUCUCAUGCUUAAAUAUAAGGGUCUGGGUUUAAGACCCUGGGCGGUACACACCUGAUCGAAAUUUCUGGGAGCACCCUCUGGUGUAAAUCUCGUUUCUGCUACUAAUAAACCUCAAAUCGUAAAUAUGUCAUUACCGAUUACCCUCGCGGCUUUUCAGGGAAUUUACAACAACGUUUGGAACACGUUUGCCAAACUGUUUGAGUAGCAGUUUACAGUCAAUGAAGGAAUCAGUUAUGAAUGCCCCUUACUAGUUACGAGUGUAAAAUUUAGAUACAUCACCGGGGACUACAACUCCUGCUCCUUAGAAACAGCGACAACACUGUGUGAUUGGAAAACCGUCAUUACCGAUGAUAUUUAUCUUAAGAUAUAACAUUUUGCACUUGACGCAUGUGCGUGGGUAGCCUGUGCAUGUUAAGCAUACAUUUAUCUUUUAGGUUGUAACAAGACUCUAACUGGAUUGAACGGCACUUUUCACUCACCAAACUAUCCAAACAAAUACCCGGAUGGACAAUACUGCUCCUGGAGGAUCACAGUCAGCCCAGCCCAACAAAUCCACUUAACUUUCACAGACUUCAAUCUGCAAAACGAAAAUAACAGGGACGCUUUAUAUGUGUUUGAUGGAGAAAAUUCCACAGCGGAGGUGCUGGGAGUAUUUUAUGGAAGUUACUCUCCCCCAAAAGAGGGAAUAAACUCUUCUUCAAACCACAUGUUCAUUAUAUUCAAGUCAGACAAUAAUGGCUCUUACACCGGCUUCAAUGCUUCUUACAGUGCUGUUAAUUAUUCAGGUAAUGAUCAUGUACCUCUUAUU